UCUUUCUCUUUUUGGCUUGCUCAAUUUUUUUAUCGUCAUGGUAACAGGGAAAUUCUGUGUAAUGGCUGAUAGAUGCUCACAGCUCUCUUUCAAGUCUCAGUGGAAAGGGCUCCAAGAAGGCCUUUAAAAGCCAGCGUGACCAGCUCGGCGUUGCAUGUGUUGGCUUGGGGCACCUUUCCUCUCUAGAGAAAGGCUUUUGGAAAAGCUUUGAAGUGUGCAGACCCACCACUGCUAUGGGAGACUCUGUUGUAGACCCAGCCCGAAGGACAGGCUUGGAGCCGGCACCCCAAGGGAAUGGCGGGACGUCUCUCAGCGUCAUCACGGAAGGUGUCGGGGAGCUGGCGGUCAUCGACCCUGAGGUGGCAAAGAAAGCCUGCGAAGAGGUCCUGGAGAAAGUCAAGUUGAUGCACGGCAUCUCCUCCGACAGCUCAGCGAAGCCAGCCGGUGGCAGGGGGACAGAGUGCACCCCGCGGGCCGCCAUGGACUUGGCCAAUGGAGACAUUGGGGAGGGCUGUGAAAUCAGGUGCUUGGAUGAUCCGCCUGGUACGGCCUCUAAGAUCCAGGAGGAGGAUGAGACCACGGCCAACACGGUGAAAACUGCCCGGAAGCGGCAGAAGAAUAACUCUGCCAAGCAGUCCUGGCUCCUCCGGCUCUUUGAAUCCAAACUCUUUGAUAUCUCCAUGGCCAUUUCAUACUUGUACAAUUCAAAGGAACCUGGUGUGCAGGCUUACAUUGGGAAUAGGUUGUUCUGCUUUAGGAACGAAGAAGUGGACUUCUACCUGCCACAGCUGCUGAAUAUGUACAUUCACAUGGAUGAGGAUGUGGGAGAUGCGAUCAAGCCCUACAUCGUGCACCGCUGCCGGCAGAGCAUCAACUUCUCCCUGCAGUGUGCCCUGCUGCUGGGCGCCUACUCCUCGGACAUGCACAUCUCCACUCAGCGACACUCCCGCGGGACCAAGCUGCGGAAGCUCAUCCUCUCGGACGAGUUGAAGCCAGCUUACAAAAAGAGGGAGCUGCCAUCGCUGAGCCCGGCGCCCGAUACGGGGCUGUCUCCUUCCAAAAGGACUCACCAGAGGUCCAAGUCGGACGCUACCGUUACCAUCAGCCUGAGCAGCAAUCUGAAGCGCACAGCCAGCAAUCCCAAAGUCGAGAGCGAGGAAGAGGAGCUCUCCUCGAGUACGGAAAGUCUCGAUAAGUCAGUCUGUCCCCCAGUCAGACUUGCCCCCGAGAGAGAAUUCAUCAAGUCCCUGAUCGCCAUCGGGAAGCGGCUGGCCACUUUGCCCACCAAAGAGCAGAAGACGCAGCGGCUCAUCUCGGAGCUGUCGCUGCUCAACCACAAGCUGCCGGCCCGCGCCUGGCUCCCGACAGCCGGCUUCGACCACCACGUGGUGCGGGUGCCCCACACCCAGGCCGUCGUCCUCAACUCCAAGGACAAGGCUCCCUAUUUAAUCUACGUUGAAGUACUUGAAUGUGACAAUUUCGACACAGCGAAUGUGCCCGCCCGGAUCCCGGAGAACCGCAUCCGGAGCACCCGCUCGGCCGAGAACCUGCCGGAGUGCGGGAUCACGCACGAGCAGAGGACCAGCAGCUUCACCACCGUCCCCAACUAUGACAACGACGAUGAGGCUUGGUCUGUGGACGAUAUCGUGGAGCUGCAGGUGGAGCUGCCAGAGAUUCACACCAACAGCUGUGACAACAUCUCCCAGUUCUCUGUGGACAGCAUCACCAGCCAGGAGAGCAGGGAGCCUGUGUUCAUCGCGGCUGGAGACAUCAGGCGGCGGCUCUCGGAGCAGCUGGCACAUACCCCCACCUCCUUCAGGAGGGACCCUGAGGACCCAUCCGCCGUCGCCCUGAAGGAGCCCUGGCAGGAGAAAGUCAGGAGGAUCCGGGAAGGGUCUCCCUAUGGCCACCUGCCUUCCUGGCGCCUCCUCUCCGUCAUUGUCAAGUGCGGGGAUGACCUCCGGCAGGAGCUGCUCGCGUUCCAGGUCCUCAAGCAGCUGCAGUCCAUCUGGGAGCAGGAGCGCGUCCCGCUCUGGAUCAAGCCAUACAAAAUCCUCGUCAUCUCUGCCGACAGCGGCAUGAUUGAGCCAGUCGUGAAUGCUGUGUCCAUCCACCAAAUCAAGAAGCAAUCCCUGCUCUCGCUGCUCGAUUAUUUCCUGCAAGAACAUGGCAAUUACAAUACUGAAUCCUUCCUGACAGCCCAGAGGAAUUUCGUGCAGAGCUGUGCCGGUUACUGCCUCGUGUGCUACCUCCUGCAGGUCAAGGACAGACACAACGGCAACAUCUUGCUGGAUGCAGAUGGACACAUAAUCCACAUUGAUUUUGGGUUCAUCCUUUCCAGCUCCCCCAGGAAUCUUGGCUUCGAGACAUCUGCCUUCAAACUCACCACGGAAUUUGUGGAUGUGAUGGGUGGGCUGGACGGGGACAUGUUCAAUUACUACAAGAUGCUGAUGCUGCAGGGUCUCGUCGCGGCCCGGAAGCACAUGGACAAAGUUGUGCAGAUUGUGGAGAUCAUGCAGCAAGGGUCGCAGCUCCCCUGUUUCCACGGCUCAUCCACCAUCCGCAACCUGAAGGAGCGGUUCCACAUGAACAUGACAGAGGAGCAGCUGCAGCUGCUCAUCAACCAGAUGGUGGAUGGCAGCAUGCGCUCCAUCACCACCAAGCUCUACGAUGGCUUCCAGUACCUCACCAAUGGCAUCAUGUGAUGGCCACGGGCCUCCCUCUCCCAGAACGGCUCCGCGCCACCGCGUCCAGCCCAGGCCUGAGUUUUGCCCCUGGGGAAGAGGUUUGGGUCCUCGACAGUAAAAAGGAGGCCGAGUCUCAGCAUCUUCCUGGGGCUGCUUUUGCCGAGACUCCUCAACAAAAUGAAACAAGGAAAAACCAAGCAGUCAAAGCAGGGAAAAAAAAAACCCCACUUGUGAAAAAUCAAAGCGAAACGGAUCAUGCGGUAACCAUUGCUGCUGUGCGAGCGCGGGUGUCAGCCAGCAACGGGCCUGGGGCCGUGGGGCAGCGCCAGCCCCUGCGCUGCUCCUGCCGUCAGUAUUGCACCCGCUGGUGUCCUGUGAACUCUCCCAGAGUCUCAUGCAAUGUUUAGGCCCUGGGGCGGGGGGAUGGCCUGACCCCCACCCUGCGGGGUCUGCUGUGACUUUGACUUGAGCCUUCUGCUGGUACCACGUGAAGGUGAACCCCGGCGGCCCCUUCCCUGCAUGUUCCCUGCCGUGGCCUCAGUGUUACUCGCCUCCCGCCCUCACCCCCUUUCUUUGUUUCUCAAUCCCCCUUUUCACCCCUUUCCUGCUGCCCCCGUUCGAGGGAAGCUGAACUUCCCCCUGUCCCAGCAGCGCAGGCCGGGAGCGCUGCCCUAGAGCCCCAGGGCCCGUGGGUCAAGGUUGGGUUUCCCCGAGGCUGCUGCCCCCCGCCCCGGGGCUGCCUCCUGCUCCCUUCCAGCGCUUUUUGACUCUGUUCCAGAACUUGGGACUGUGACGCUUCCUCCAUCCCCAAACCAGCUCUGGCUGCUGCGUCGUGCCCUCAAUGUCAGGCAGGGGCUGGGGGGCUGCGGCCGGGGCUGUCUCCCCUCCUGUGGCCCCCCCGGAUUGGGUUUGACUGGGCAGGAAGGUCAGUGCUGCAGCCCCAGAACAGAGCCCUGGCAGGUGCCUGGGGGGGGGGGUAAGGAGGGGGCCGCACCCCCCCUCCUGCUCCAGCCCCUUUCUGUGCUUUAAGAGCAGUGACCCCCCCCCCCGCACCCCCACGUCAGGCUCGGCCCGUGCUGCUGGUCAGAUGGUGAACCCCCUGCCUUGUCCCCCCCCCCCCAAAAGGCUGUCGCUCCCGGUGGCCCCUGGUUCGUGGGUGCUGCCCCCCCACCCCACUCCCCCCCCCCCCCCGGGCUGCCCUUGGUCCCUCGGGCUCUGUGUUUAGCACUAAUUAUUUGUCAUGUUGAUUAUUUAGCAUUAAAAAACAACAAUUCUAUUUUAAACCGCUGGCUGCCAGUGGCCAGGAACCACUUGGGGUGAGGGGGUAAUCUGGGUUCGAGGGGGGGGGAACAUCUCCAUGGACACCAUCAACCCAUGGCCACAGGCAAUCACAGCCCUCACUUGGGGGUUCCUCCCCCCCUCCCCGCCACCGUAGGGGGCUCAGAGCCGCCCUGAGGCCUCUCUCUGGGGACACAGGGAUGGAAAGGGGGGGGCAGCAGCCCCUUCGCCCCCAUUUUGGGGCAGGACCAAUACGAAUGUGCUGCGGUGGGGGCACAGGAGCCCUCCCGGGGCCACGUAAGCAACGAGACAGGGCACAGCAGGGGUUAAACCACUAAAAGUUUAAUUGCGUUAUUACUACAAGAAUAAAGGAUACCUGAGAGCC